UAUAAGGAGGUGCCCGGGCGCGUGACAGAUUAGACAAGAAGCACUUAUAAUCAUGGGUAUUUGGUUUGUUCUUGCUUUUGUAGUACUUAUAAAUAGUGAUACGGCAUUUGGGGACUAUUGUACUUCAUAUAGGACAGAAAAUGUAGUAAGAUAUACGAGUUGCGGUUUUAUAUAUCUUAGUAGGUGUACAAGGUACAGAACGCAAAGAGUGUCUUAUCAUGAAUGUUGUUCUGGAUGGCAAGGCUCCUAUUGCUCCACUCCAAUAUGCUAUCAAUCUUGUCAAAAUGGUGGCACAUGUAUCAGACCUAAUACAUGUCAAUGUACAUCAUCAUUUAAAGGUCCACACUGUGAAACAAAAAUAACGUUACCAACUACGCCAAGUACAACUCCUGCGAUAACGACAGUAGAGGCAUUGAUGGCGACAUCAGGAUCACCAUGGAUGAUAAGUGGUAAUGAAACUUCCGUAGAGCCGCUUUCCACCUCUUGUAUCAACAAAGUCGACAACUGUGAAACAUUCAGCCAGGAUAUGUGUUCGGGUUAUCGGUCAUGGGCAAUAGAACACUGCAAAUUGUACUGCGGACUAUGUACAGAAUCACCAUGUGAAGAUAAGAUUGACAAUUGCAAGGAUAUUGUGCCAGAUAUUUGCACAUCGGCAGCAAAUGUGACAUCGGCGAAAGAAAAUUGUGCUAAAUUCUGCAAUCUUUGCGGAAAUUGAUGCUGGAAAAUGGAAAAGUCAAUUAUAGAUAUUAAGCAGUGAAAUAAGUGAAUGUCAUGUGUUGGCUUAUAUGUUAUUAUCAACAAGAUAUCCAUAACAUUUUAUUGAGUAUUUACAAAUACAUUCAAGAACAAAAUAUAAACAUUUCAUCAAAUCAAAUAUUUCCCCUUCAGUUUCUAAUUUGACAUUAUCAUCCGUACAAUAAAAUCUUCCCGGUCAAAAACCAGCUGGCAGUUAUAUACA